UAAAGUACAUAUAAUAUAGUUUGAUUGUGUCAAUAAAUUGUUGUAAUAAAAAAAUUUCAUAACCUUACUGAACUCGCCGCCGCCGCGGCCCGGAGAUUCUCGCCGGAAUCUCUCGUCGCCGCCACCGCUGCCCGGAACUUCUCGCCGAAAUCUCUCUCCGUCGCCGCCGUCUUAGGUGGAGCUCAGAGAUUUAAGGAGGCAUGUUUUAUCUAAGUGAAAUAGAACACACACUAAGGUUGCCGCCUCAUCUCCUAAACCUUCCACUCAAUGAAGCAAUCAAAGGAGAGCUUGAGGGUCUCUUCGUGGAUAAGGUUAUUGCAAAUUUGGGCCUCGGCAUAUCUAUUUAUGACAUUCGCUCCAUUGGUGGUGGUUUUAUCUAUCCAAGUGAAGGUGCUUCUACAUAUACGGUCAAGUUUAGACUGGUAGUCUUUCGCCCAUUUGUAGGAGAAGUAAUAACUGCUAGACUCAAAGAGUCCACUGCAGAGGGUUUGCGAUUGUCGCUUGGAUUUUUCGAUGACAUUUAUGUACCCGCACCUCUAAUGCCAAAUCCAUCACGUUCUGAGUCUGAUCCUGAAAACAAGAACCAAGUCAAGUGGAUAUGGAAGUUUGAUGAACAAGAUUAUCCUAUUGAUGGCGUAGAUGAGAUUAGGUUCCAAGUCUAUAAUGUUAGUUAUCCAUCGAUACCUCUUGAGCAAGAUAAAGAUUCGAAGCCAUUUGCACCAAUGGUCAUAAAG